UGCGCCAUAAAGGGGCGGCGAAAAGGCAAUGAGGUAAUCGGGGUAAACAGUAAAGAUGGCGACGCCUGUGGAUGGAGAGGGACAGCCAAGUCUAAAUGGGACUAUUCCCGACCCCCAAACAAAAAAACUGACAGACCUGCCGACCGAGUUGCUCGAACACAUCCUGUGCUUCCCUGUCCUCAAACAUGUCGACAUUUGUAACGUCUCCUGUUGCUGCAAGCGGCUACACGACGUUUGUCAUGGAAGGGGGAAGGUCUGGGGACACCAGUAUAAACUCAGAUGGCCAAGACUGCAGAGGUUUUAUCGUCAGAAUGAGUCCUGUGACUGGCUCAGAGAAUACAAAACACGCCAUAGAGUUGGGAUACAAAUACGAAGGACCGUGGAAUCGAUCUCAAAGAGAUUCUUCACAGAAGUUCCUUGCGUUGGUCAGGUGCUGGGAGACAGCUUUGCAGAAAUUGAGUCACUUGGAAUGCCUGAGCACUUCUGUGAAGACGAGCUGCUCUUCAUACUCAACUCUGACAAGAGGAAAAGCCUGACCCUGAAGUACUAUGCAAAGAAAAUCCUUUACUUCCUGAGACAGCAAAACAUCCUGAAGAGUCUGAAGAAUUUCCUGGAGAAGCCCACAGAGCAGCAGUCAGCUCUAGAAGGUGCUGUACUUGUUGAUCAGUAUUGUAACCCACUGGCGGAUGUUACACUGGACAGCAUAUCAGCCCAGCUGGAUGAAAUCACAGAGAAAGUCAAGAAGAUGCUGAGAAUCAAGAACCCAUCUCACCCCAGCCUGCGUAUUGCCCAAGGUAACUGUUCUGUUGUAGAGGACUUUGAGCUCCAGAGACAGGUCAUUUGUGCCCUUAACUCUGUCCUGUAUGAGCAGCUUCAAUACAAAGGCAAUGAGUGUGACUACUACAACCCCCUCAACUCUUAUAUCCACCAGGUGCUACUACGCCGUACAGGCAUUCCCAUAAGCCUCUCCGUUCUCUACAUGACAUUGGCCCAGAGGCUGGGUGUUCAGCUGGAACCCGUCAACUUUCCCAAUCACUUCCUGCUGCGCUGGUGCCAGAAACCGAGAGGGAGCGAGGAUAUCUAUGACUUUGUCUACAUUGAUGCCUUUGGAAAAGGCAAGCAGCUGACAGCAAAGGAGUGUGAGUACCUCAUCGGCCACCAGGUUACAGCAGAUUACUACAGUGCCAUAAGCACCACAGAGGUGCUGCUUAGGAUGGUGGGAAACCUGCUUAACAUCGGCAAGAGAGGUGAGGGCAAUGAAAAAUCCUACCAGCUCCUCCGAGACUCUCUGGACCUCUACCUCACAAUCAACCCAGAUAAUGUGCAGUAUUUGCUGCUGCAGGCACGCCUCUACUUCCACCUGGGAAUCUGGCCAGAAAAGGUGCUUGACAUCCUACAGCACAUUCAGGCACUGGAUCCCUCCCAGCACGGAGCGGUGGGUUACUUGGUGCAACAUACGCUGGAGCACAUCCAGCACAAGAAACACCCUGUGACACCUGAGGUGAAGAGGCGUAGUGCUCCAGAACACCUGGAAGUCCAGUAUUCAGUCGGCCUUAUUAUGAAACACAAGCGGUCUGGGUAUAACUGUGUGAUCUAUGGGUGGGACCCUAAAUGUACAAUGAGUCCAGAGUGGAUCUCCACCAUGAGGGUCCAUCAGCUGUCCAAUGGGGCUAAUCAGCCUUUCUACAAUGUACUCGUGCAGGAUGGGACUUGCCGCUAUGCAGCACAAGAGAACCUGGAGCCUCACUCAGCCCCCCUGGAGAUUGGCCACCCAGAGGUUGGUCGCUACUUCUCCGAGUUUGCUGACACCUACUAUGUUGCCAAUGAAGAACUGCAGACACGAUACCCAGAGGACAUGGAUGAAACCCUGUGUACAGUCCGGGAGUUCUAUCACAGACUGACAUCCAGUGCUGGGAACCAAGAAGAAGCUCCUACCACAGACCAAAACAACCAACAAGCCAUGUCUAUGUAGCAAGUAGCGCUGUCUAGCACUCUGCCAACCCAGGCUAACCGCUUACAGGUCACAAUUAACUUAGCUGGUGCUUUGUUGUCAAAACCAGAGGGGUAUACUACGAAGGAAAUUCAAGAAAGCCAGGCUUUUGUUGCCUUAGCUGGCAUAACAGACCCUAAAAUCCCAGUUGGAGAUGAUCGAUACCAUGACGGUAGUUGUCAGCGUUCUCUAUUAAGCUUUCUGCUUCAACCUCUGUGUGUGCUCGCAUAAAAGAGGGGAGUUUCACAUGACAUGCAACUCUUCUUUCAUAUAAAAUGAUCCAUAUGAGUGCUACCCUUUCCAAUCAGAGACAUUAUAUGAUGAUGAUUAUAAAAGGUGAUUCAAAUCUAUAAGGAAAUUUGAAAAAUGCAACAGUAAAAUGCAAUACUGUUUACUCACCAGAUCAAAGUGAAAUCAAUUUGACUGAAUAGGUAUUCUUGGUGUGUCGUCUUGUAUCUGCCCUUGCAGCAGUAAAAGAAACUUUGCAACAGAAACUUUGCAAAGUAUAAAAGAAAUACAUUUACAGUAUCACCAAAUUAAUACAUUCACCUUCCUGUGACAAUGCAAAGAACCUUUAUUCAGUCACUUUAGCAAUGUGUGAAAACCUGGCACUUCCAGUUGAUUUUCAAACUAAAAACCAGAAUAUAACCAGCUCCUGACCAGGUUACGAGAACACUACAAGUGGUGAUUUAGCCAGUUAAGACGACCACAUUCAUGACACAGAAUACUUUAUACUGGAAGUAGCUUGCUAAGCCAUUGAAAUUACUUCGUAGUAGACCCCUCUAGCCAUGUGGAACAGAGAGUUUUUGCUUUGAUACAUCUGUCCUAAUACCCGUGUAUUUGUUGUAAAAUCAAGGUUCAAAUUGUCAGACGAUGAUGUAUGAUACUCAUUUAGCAGGGAUGCAUUUUUCACAACCCAAAUACCUUCAGAGAGCCAAGUUGGAAAAUUAAUCAAAAUCAGAAUAAUUUAACUUUAGAAACCACUAGAUUCGAAGUAAACAGUUAAGCGGACAAGUAAAUAUCAGAAUGAGUGUCCACGUGCUGCAAAUCCCCAUUGUCUAAAACCAAGGAAUGCUCUUUUACCAACACCUCCAUGCAUCCAGCACCAGUCUUCAAACCAUUUACCCUAAAUCCCCAGUACAUUGACACGCAGAAGACUAACUUUGUAAAUUGA